AUGAUGGGGGCCGGUGCCCUCGCGCUGCUCUGGGCUGCCUCGCUCCUGAUCUCCAGUGGAAAUUGUGGCAUUUGCCCAGCCGUGAAAAAAGACGUUUACAUAUUCCUGAUGGGAUCCCCAGACGAAUAUGUUGCACAAGUGAAAAAGUACCAAAAUGACUCUUUAAUAUUGGCCAAUGCCAGAAAACUGAAGAACUGCGUUGACCAGAAACUGACAGAAGAGGAUAAGGAGAAUGCUAUCAGCGUGCUGGUGGUUGCCCCAAGUGAUGAUGGAGACACUCCACUCCUUCAGCUGCACGUGUUCAUAGGACAGGAGGACACAAUAGACUGA